AGUAUAUUACAAAAGGGCUUGGUGUUACAACUUUCGAAAGUACACUGAAACGUGACCACUGAAAAUAAACAUUAACCUGUUUCAGGAUUCUCAAUUUUUUUUUCUGGAAUAUUUAAGGUGGCUCGUUUUUAAAAAAGCACCCUGUAUAACCUUAUUUGUUUGUUCCAGUAUCUAAACAGUGAGCAAUGAUUUGCAAUAGUAUUUUAUCACGUAGGUAAAUGUGGCGUUCCUUCCCGCAUAGAUUAGUUACGGGCAUGUGGGAAAUGCACCACCCAUAACCCGCAGCAAUGAAUUAUUGGGUCCAUCAAGUGUGAAGCGUGUCAGUUGAGUUAUUGAAGCGUUGCAGCAGCAGCAGGAAUGAGUGUCCGCUAGUGCAGCGAGGCGACGUCACGUAGGUGGUGGCGGGUGCGGCGCUCCUGCGACGUCCCCGGUCGAUAAUCCGGCGUCCACUCCACUCUGGCAGUACGCACGUGAGAGCGCGUCGUGUCAGGUCAGAGUGUAGGUCGCCGCCGAACGCCGCCGCCGCGCCAUGGACAGCGAUGCUGAACGCUGAGGCCGUGCCGCGGCUCCGUCGCCAGCACGGCUUCCAGCUGCCGCUGCACCCCCUGCAGGUGUCGGGCUGGCUGGUGGCGGCCGUCCUGUCCGCGGGCGGCUUCCUGGUGGUGGUGCCGGCGCUGCCCGCGCACGCGCAGCCCGCCUGUGUGGCGGCGCUCUCGGCGCUGCUGCUGCUGCACCUGGCGGCCCACCUCGCCGCCGCGCUCCUCGACCCCGCCGAACCGGCGCUGCGGGCGCGCCGCCCCCAGCCCGUGCCCCAGCUGGACCGCGCCAAGCACGCGCACGUCAUCGAGGAGGGCCGCUGCCACCUGUGCGCCAUCCGCACCUCCGGCCCCAGGACCAAGCACUGCAGCGCGUGCAACAAGUGCGUGCAGCACUUCGACCACCACUGCAAGUGGCUCAACCACUGUGUGGGCGGACGCAAUUACGCGCCCUUUCUCAUGUGUGUCUCAACGGCCGUCGCCGCCGCCGCGCUCGUGGCCAUCCUCGCCAUAGCCGAACUGGCGCUGCAUCACUCGCACUGGAUCGACACCGAUAAGUUGCAGGGCCUUCUCACGGCUGAAAACUCAACAGCCGCUCCACACACCUCUUCACUGCCCACGGGCGACGCCGCCUUCCUCGCCGUCGUAGCCGCACUGGGUAUCCUCGCAGCAAUAACAGCGGGUCUGCUUCUCCACCUAUGCUUCUUCCACAUCUACAUCUCAUUUCUGGGCCUCACCACCUAUGAGUACAUUCGGCAGCAGAGACAGACCCAGCCUACGCCACCGCAGGGCCAGCAGUCCGAAGAGGAGACCGGCUUCCGCUGUCCCACGCUGAGGCACCGUCCGGCCAACCUGCACUGCGACAGCCGUACGCGCACCACGCUGGUGACGUGCACCGUUUUCGAGGAGACGUUCUCCAACUGUGCGGAGCCGACGCCGACGCCGCCCACCACGCCCCAGGAUUGCCAGGUGUGCGUGGGAAACUCGGUGGCGCCGGAGAUGCCACUUCGCCAACCGAAAAAACUCAGGACCAAGUGGAAUUGCUGCUUAGCAGUGCCGGACAGUCCGGAUAGUCCCAAUGAACCGAGGUGUUUAAUGAACAUUUGCAAGCACAAAAUGAAGAAUAAGGGAAUACCCGCUAUCGAGGGCCGCCCGCAUAGGACGCACGGCCAUUGGUCCAGUGCCAAGCUAAGAGUUCUUUUUAGAGUUUUAAGUAACCUGGGACAGAACCGCCGCCGCAGCCAAUCCCCCCACGUAGCUAGAAACAACCAAGUGGUGCCUGUAUCGAAUGAAUCAUCGAACACCCCCGAGACUGUCCAAACCGUCAACAACCUCGUGCCAGUGGCGUACCCCGAGGUGUCCCGGCGGGCGAACGCGCUGCCCGCUCUGCCCAACCCGCCUCGGCGGCGCCUCGUCAGCGAGAUGGAGCUGGCCAACGCGCUCACCCUCCUCCAGCAGCAGCAGCGCUGCGGCCGCCGCCCCCUGUCCCAGUACCGCCGCCGGAGGCGCAGCGUGGUGCACCGUCCCAAGACUCCGGCCCUCUCCCCCAUCCGGGAGAGCGGGCUGUCCAAUCCCGCGUCGCCGUCCCACCAGAACUGUACCGUGGCCGCCAUCAGCGGCUCGUGCACGCGUCCAUUUUAAAGACCCUCCGCCAGUGUGCCCUUCAUCAACAUCGUGCCAAACUAGCUAGUUGACGAGGAUGGAAGUUGUAGUGAGUUUCCGCCCUUAGCAACAGACGAUUUACCGACAUGACCCAGAAACAUCAACCAUAACCCGCCGGAAUCCAGAAUGCUUAGAGCGACCUAUGACUUUCCGGAAUCAUGUGACCUCUCACGCAAUUAAGGGUUAAGUGGCAAGUUAGAUUGACUGGGGAAUUAUUCUUAUGAAAGCAGCUUUUGAUGGCAUUUCUAAUGUACAACCAUAUUAGAGCUUUGCAAAUUUAUCCAUUUUUCAAUUAUUUAAUUGAAAUUGCUGUUACGGUCUGCAGUAUGCUUAAAACAAAGUAAAUUUUCAAAAAAAAAGAAUUACAAAAUACGUUGACCUGCCUGUGAUUAUGCAAACAAUUCAUUGGUUACUCCGAAUAUACAAGAAAAUCGAUAUCUUUCAGGACGAACCAUAUCAUAGAAACUUGUCAUAAUAUCGUAUCACACAAUUAUCAUUAAUCUUUUCGUGAAUGGCACGCACAAAGAAACCUCCGUCCCAUAUAUUACUUUCUUUGUAUUUAUCAUAUAAAAUGAGAGGUUAACCGCAGAGGAAAUCGGUAUACAAAAUUGAGGAAAUCAUUUUAAACAAAGGAAAUCGUUAUUAAAUCAAAGGAAAUCUUGAGGAUAUCUGGGUAACAAAAUUUAGAGUGCUGUUUAGCGUUCGAUAUAAAUGUUGAAUUUAUACAAAUGAUACAAGGCAAAAAAAUUCAUUUUAAUUUUUACAUAUCAGGUUUUACACAUAUAUAAUUCUCGUAAAGAAAAAAAGAUUUAGGGAAUUUUGAAAAAAUUCUUAGUAUGCUGUUCUUGGCUUGAACAUUUUAUUAGAACUUUUGCAUCCAAAAAGACUGCCAGCAGUGUUUAUUGAUUUUUUUAUGCAAAAACCAAAUGUUUUACAGUCGGUAUUAUCAAGUAUUUGAGCACCAUGUAACUUUAUAAAAAAUUAUCUUAACUCAAAAAAAUACGCACAGUUGUAUUCUUGGUCAAAAUACCUGUCGUUUGAGGUAUCACGAAGGAUGUGAUGCCAUUUAAACCUUUAAAGAGGUUAUUCAUAUUACAAAGAGGGUUGGUGUUAUAACUUUCAAAAGUUCACUAAAAGGUGGCUCCCCUGUAAAUAAAAAUAGACCUGUCUCAGGAUUUUCUAAUUUUUUUGUUAAUUUUACGAUAUAUUCAGAAAGGCUACUUUUAAAAAAUGGCACUCUGUAUCUUUAUAAUUUAUAACUAUGACAUACACAGUGAUUCAAAAGGGUCGGACAAUUUUUUAAAUGGUGAUAGGAAACAUUAAAAGAAACACAGAUGUGCUUUUAGAAUUUUUAUAUGCCGCAUGGGUUUGAAGAUACGAAUUACGAAGUUUUAGAGAUUGCACAUACUGGCAACGCCGCAAUGCACUUUAACGCUGUAACGCAGCUUGUGGCAGUAUAAGAAAUUGAAACCAUAGAUACCCUUUUGCGUUUCUCUGUUGUCCCUUAUAUAUCCAUAGUGACAUCAAAAACUUAUUACCUCUUGGUAGUAGCUGUUUCAAAAUUAUAAAAACGCCAACGUCGCAUUUUCUCUUAAAAUUAACUAUUAUAAAUUAUUCAUGCACUUCAAAAAUAUAUAGCUAAUGUAAUUUGUGCUUUCAAUAAAAGAUCUAAUCACUAAUAACUAUAUUUCAAUUUCAUCAAAUUUAUUAAAAAAAAUAAUUAGGUAAAAUGCCACGUUGGUGUUUUUAUAGUUGUGAAACAACUAAUAUACGAGUAAAGCCAACAUUAAUUAUUAAUUAAUUUUCGUAAGAAGGCGUAGGAAGUUCUUACGAAAAUUAGUUAAUAUUUAAUACUUGAUUUAUUUUUUUAUCAUUGUAGAUUGAUGUUUUAACGUCUUUAAUUAAAAAAACAUAAAUUUACCUUAUUAGAUUAAGAGAAAUUGAACAUUAAAGUGAAAAAUUUGAAGAGAUGUAACGAUAUCAAAUCAAUUUUUUUUUGAGAUAUGUCGUUUGCACUUUCAAAUGUAACUAAGUGGUUCUUAAAACCAUGCAAGUGAUUGUACGGUGCUUUUGAAUCACGUUGUACCUAUUCCUAUUGGUCAUACUAUUACUGUAAUCUUUCUUACUUCUAAAAACAAUACAACAAUCGUAGACCACCUUGUUAAUAUGCUUUCGUCCUAAUCUUAUCAGAGCCGAAUCGAGGAUGACCCAACUUGGUGUUUUUUCUGCAUAAAUGUUAAGGAAUUUUAGGCAAAUAAUGGAUUUCUGAUUGAAGAACUGUUCUCUUUUCGGUGAGCCUUGAUUCUUUUUUGGCACACAACUUUUUUCACAAAUUUCUCAAUAAGUCUUAUAUUUUGUGAGCCUAUCACAAAAAACAAAACAAAGAUAUCUCUUUCCAUUGUCAAGUUAUGUCUUCAAAGUGAAGCACUUUAAUAAAAUUGUGCAAUGAGCACUUUUAUGCCAAAUUUUUCACAGUUUUAAUAUGGAAUGUUUUAAUGAAAUUAAGUCGAUUCAUGCGGGUAAGGGGUGUUCUUCGACAAUCAUAAAACGCUGGAACAAUGAAACUCAGUUUGAUAGUUCUUUUUUUAAAGACGAGUUUCAGAGUUCCGUGCAAGUCGUCCAAAAACUGCUGUCACUGAAGAGGGAUUGUAAUAAUACGAUAAGUGAUAUAGGAAGAUCGAUUUGUUACUGUUCGAUCAAUUCACUUCGGCUUAGGGCUUGGUAUGAGUGUGAAACAUUCAACAGCAUUUUACACAAAACACUUGAAGUUAGGAACAAACAGUUUGUGAGCUUUGAAACCACAUAAUUUCAGAUUUCACACAAAUUCAAAAACGUAAUUGCGUUACAUUUUGUCGAUCUACUUUUAAACGAUUUGCAAUUGGGGUCUUUAAUAAUUUGACAUUUGGUAUAAUAGGUUGUGAAAAUAGAAUAUAUUCGUAUGAUCACAAAAAAGCAGUAGUUGUUUCUACAACAUGAAAAAAAAAUUCAGAAAUAAGGUAAAUAACAAGGUACCUAAAAAGGCAUUAUACUUUAAAAACAUAUAACUUAACAAUGAAAGGAAAUAUCUUUACUUUUUUAUGAAAAACACAAAAUGUGAGGCUGAUUUGUGAAAAAAAAAAUUGCAAAAAUUUAUGACACCUUAGGUAGGUCCAACAGAAAGAAAACAGCUUCCAUAUGCAAAAAAUAGACCUUUUUAACCUAUUUUUAAUCAAACCUGGUAUUUCAGAUUAUUUUUGAGAUUAUUAAACGACCCUACUUAAUUGUGUUUGUACUAGCAGUUACUUGUUUUGUAACUGAAAAUCGUGGUAAGAAUAAAAAUUUAUUAAUUUCGUAAUUUUUAGUCAAUAAAUUACCUAUAAUUUCUAGCAAAAUUUAGACAAUUUGUCCAAUUCCUUCAAUUUGAAAAAAAACACCAUUGCCCUAUGCCUAAAAAAGUAUAUUAGCAUUUGUAAUUUUCGUAUUUUUGUGUACAUUUAGAAAUCUGUCAAUAAAAGCACUUAUUUAAAUGCGAUUUUAAAAUUCUUUUAAAAAAAUGAAACUGUUUUCCUACUCGCAUUCAUAGAACAUAAUAUUCAUCUUUUCUACACUAAAGAAAGGAAAAAGUGAAUAUUUGUUGAAAUACGUUGAAGUCAUAAAACAAAACCAGACGAAUAAAAUUGGUAUGUAUAAGUAGAUGGUGUUUUGAUUACGUCCAAGAAUCGAAAAAAAACUGUUUUGUUCUUACCAUAACAUCACCAGGCUUUUCUUUGAUGAAUAGCGAGAGAAAUUCAUACAAUAAAUCAUUAUAAAUUAGAACUUAAUAGUUUUAAAUAAUACAUAAUUAAUACCUAGAUAUAACAGUUCAACUGAAUAGAACUUCAUUCAAUAUUUAAGGAAGACAUAUAGUCGGCAUCAUUACGAUAAUUUGAUAACAACCCAAAAUCUAUGGCAAAUCAGUAAAGUUGGUCAAGGUUCAACAAAAAUAAAAAAGCAGAGUAAAAAAUAUGAUCAUGAUUUUCUUCACAUGGGUUUGCCAAAUCAGGGUUUACAGUUUGCAUAUUAAAUUAAUUUAGAACACAAACAUAUAAAAUAUUUUACGAAAAUUGUUUUUUGUCAAUACGAUAAUUGCUGAAUUAAAUAAACGAUGAUAAACGAAUUAACUCAAAAAUAUUGCCGUCUUAUUGACUCGCUCAAGAAAAGCUAUGUCCACUUUUUAAAUACGUAUUGGUUAAAAUUAUCGAAGCAAUAACGACUUACUGAAGCUAUAAAAUUUAAUCGAAAGCAUACAAAUACCUGUUACAAACAAAUCAUCAAUCUCCAUCAGCUCUAGUGUGGUAUCGAUGUUGAUUUAGAACGCACCUCUACCAUAGACAAAUGUUUCUUUUUUAAUAAUUUAUUGUAUUUAUCUGUUAUUUAUUGAAUAAUUAUUUUAUUAUUAAUGUUUAUAAAUGUGCUUCAUCAAUUUAUUAUUGUUAAUAAAUAAUUAUAUUUGUAA